GGCUAGUGUCUUACUGCCGCUAGCUUGCGCUGCGGCCUUGACAAGUGAUGCGAGGAAGGACCCGUGAGCGGUUUAGGCAAUCGUUCGAUCGCUGGGGUCAGCUGUACAGCAGCAGACCAGCAUUAUUGCAGCAAUGGCAGAGCUUGUUUCGCAGCAGUCGAGCAGCCCUGUCUACCGCGCCGCCUGCGAGCUGGCGGCGUAUCGUCUGCGCGACGCGCUGACUGACAAACCGUUCAUAGAGUACGACAGUAGCCUCAGAACGGUGCUGCUGCGGUGCCUGCCGGAUGAGGUCGCUAGCAUCGCUGUGUGUUCGGCGGUCGACGGGUCUCGCGCACUGCUGCAUCGUGACGCUGUGAGCGGUCCCGGGUAUGUCUUGGACACGGCGACGAAGACGUCGCCGCCGUGGCUGAAGCGCUGCGGCCUCGAGCCGGGCUGGAGCCGGCCGUACACGGACCCCGACACGCAAUCGGUCGUCAUAAGCUUCGUCGCACCGCUCGUGCGGGACGGCAAGGUCGUCGCCGCCGUAGCGGCGGGCUCGAUCCCCGUCGGAGCGCGUGCAAGCAAGAAGCGGCCCGCGGCGCCCGCGUGGCUCUCCGUGACGGAGCCGCGCCUGCGGAGCCGACUCCUGUAUCCGAAUCCGGUUUGUUUGCUGACGACGUGGGGCGAGGUCGACGGCUCAUGGCGCAAGAACGUCAUGACCAUCUCGUGGCUGACGUGCCUGAACAACGACGCCGACGUCCUCCUGUCGAUCAACGCGCGGCGGCACAGCGCCGCGGCGGUGCUGUCCGGGCGGGCCUUCGGCCUCUCCGUGCCGACGUCCGAUCUGGCGGCAAUGGUUCUGAAAAUCGGCGCCUGCUCCGGCAGUAAAACGGACAAGCUCGCGACGGUCGAGGGCUUGGCCGCCGUCGAGGCCGACGCAGAAGCCAAGGCCGGCAAGGGCGGCUUCGCGGCGCUCAUGAGCGACUCGUCGGACGACGACGACGGCGUCGCGGCGCCGCCGGACGCGCCAUGGUUCGUCGAGGGCUGCGUCGCGCGGCUGGCCUGUGUGGUGGAGAGGCGCCUGACAGAGGGCGAGGACCACCACGUCGUCGUCGCCAAAAUCACGGACGCGUCCGUGCGCGAGGACUACUGGGACGGCAAGACGUUCCGCGCGCCCCACGGCCGGGCGCCUUUCUUGUCUUUCCUCGGGUCGCAGAGCUUCGGGCACACAGUUCAAUCAUAAAAAU